AUGGUGCGGAAGGGGCCGGAGCAUCGAGCCAUGGUGCGGAAGGGGCCGGAAGGGACGGAGGUGCACACGCUGCUGAUGGAGGGAAUCGUAAACGGACCCGUGGAAGCAGCCGUCGCCAUGACCCGCGACGUAACCUUUUUCAAAGAAUGGUGGCCGCAGCAGAACAUGCCUGUGUACAAAGUGAUUGAAAACCGGUACCUGAAGCGAAUUGGCGACGGCUUCGACCUCACCUACAUGAGGUUCAGGACCCCGUGGCCGUUCCCCGGGAAGGAGUUCGCCUUCAUGCUCUUGAGCGUCUAUGACGCCAACACGGGCAUGGUCACCACGGUCCUGCAGACGCCACCAGAGGACAACACUCUCAUCGACCCAGCCAAGCACGGCUUCCCCCAAGACGCCGUCCCACCCGUACCCUCCGGCGUGGUCCGCAUGGCCAUCAACGGUGGCUUCACCGUGAAGGACUUGGGAGAGAAUCGCUGCCACUACCGGGGAAUCUUCACCGUCGAUCUCAAGAUGCCGCCCGCGCUGGUCAACUUCGUAACCAAGGGGUUUGGCGGGAUGCUGUUCACGGUGUUUAGCAAAGAGAUUGAGUCUGAUUUGGCGGAUACGAAGGGCAACAAGGGGAGGGCGUUCCGGAAGGUUCUGGAAGAGGAGCAGCUGUAUGUGAGGAUCAGAGAGGCCAUGCGAGAGCACCGUGCUCGGAAGGAGAAGCAGCGGGAGAGAGAUGGGCGAGGAGGAGCGGCGGCAGCAGCAGUGGCAACAGCAGCAGCGACGGGAGAGGAUGGGGAGGAGGGUGAGGAGGAAGAGGAAGAGUGGGAUGGAGGGAACUCCGAGGCGUUCUACUCUCCCGCCUCCUCCUUCUCCUCCUUCUUCCAUGCGCACUCCCUCCCUCCCCUGUCCCUCGACCACGCCCUUGCCACUGAAUCACUCAACCCACACGCCACAGGAGGUACACAGCUUCGUGAGGCCCCUCAAGUAUUCUCACAGACCAGGGGUACGAAUCGCCGCACGAGUGCUCCUCCUCGCUGCAGAUCUUCCGUCCUCAGAGGAAGGACGGUCGGUACUGCAGCUGCGGAGGUGGAAGAAGCAGAAGCAGGAGGAGCAGCGGGAUGGGUUGGCAGGGGUCGGUUUGGCUUCCGCAGCAGCAGGCGCAAGGCCGAGGAGAGAGCUCGCAGACUCACAGAAGCCAUUCCUUCCUUUUCCUCCUCUCUUCACACCCCCCCAUCACCUGCCGCCUCCCUGGCGUCCUCCCUGUCCCAAGCCCGCCUUGAAGACCUGGGCCUGAUCCCUGUCAUCCCUGUGUCCCCUGUGGACUCUGCUUCUACAUCUUCUCACGAAGCAGCAAGCUACGAGCCCCACCACAGCGACCUGUGUCAGCAGAUGCAGCCGGGUGAUUUUGACAGGAUAGUGGCAGGAGGUGCUUCAGAAAGCGAGGGAGAGUUUGGCAGCAGUGGGAAGGGGAAUGGGGGUGUAGGAGGCAAGACAGGUGGCGGGCUGUUUGGCAUGCUGGUGCUGGUGGGGCAACAGCAGGUGUCUCGCGUCCUGGGUGGGAUUCUGGAAGCACUCACAGCAGCCGAAGCAGCAGCAGCAGAGGCAGUAGUACUGUUCGCACUAGAGGAGCAAGCAGCCCAACUCACGGUCAGGUUAAAGGAUGGGCUGUUUCAACAGCAGGAGGGGAUGCUGUGCUUGGGGUGCCUGCUGCUGGCAAGGGUUUCGGGCGUUACGGUGAUGUGA